AAUGAUUUUCGGGUGGCGGUUCUAACUACUAACUACUCGCUAGUUUUGUAGUUACUGCCGAUUUGUCAUUGCCCAGCAUUGCGCUCCGGCCUUUUGCUAGGCCGGUACGGCACCGAGUUAGGCUCGUCACAACCACGGAUAGGCGAUUCGAGAUCCGCGGCAUCGGCGGGAAGUCUGGGGAUUGCCACUCGAAGCGUAAGGCGCGAAGUUCCGGUAGACUCACGUGCUGUCGCGACUAACAGCAAAUCAGCACCUAGCGUGAAAUGCGGUGGCCGACUCGAUCAUAGGCGGAGGUUCUCGAUGCGGCGGACCCCGGGGGGAUUGUUCAGUGGGCGCACGAUACCGAAGGGUCCACCGAAGCUGACCGUCGCGUGCACUCGAUGAUGGCUUUCAAUGCUGAGCGCGCGUCGGUAGAGUGAGCGCGCGCCACCAUGAUGGCGAGACGACCCGCCACGCGCGGGGGGCACGCCAGCCCCUUCCCCGCGGGGAUAUCCGCGGAGCAUCGGGGGAGCUUCCGCUCCGACGAUGUGGACCGCAAGGCGCACCACCCCCCCUCCUCGCUUCACACGCUCCCCCGCGGUGCGCGCGUCGUUCUCCUAGCAGGCACCGUUAUAGUCACACUCCUCGGCUUUUCUGCGUUCGCGUUCUCAGGAUCCUUCCGCCAAGCGCUGUUGAGUCAGCUCCGCCCAUCUUCCGCCAACCCGUCCGCCGAUCCUUCCGCCGACAUCGUGCUCGGGGGCGAUCCCGUAGCGAUUUCCCGGGUGGAUGCGCAGGCGGCGGAGGGGGAGGGCGGGGAGGCUCAAGCAGCGGAAGGGGAAGGUCCCCCAGCGGAAGGGGAGGGAGGAGCGGAAGGGGAUGCGGGAACGGAGGGGGAGCAGCAGGGGGAGGCGGUUGAGGAUGGGGAAGUGGGAACGCGCGGGAAUGGGGGCAGGCGGAGGAAGAGCAGGGGGAAGCGGAGGAGGCGGCGGAGGGUGAUGAGGGGGAAUCGCGACAAGUGGGUUACGGAGUUACGGAAGAAGCCGUCGUGGCGCAUCGCCAGUGGCUUCAAGGGCGUGCGGGCCACGCACUUGAUCUCAGACUCAGAGACCCUCGCGUGCGCGCUGGUGGUUCGCCGCGCGUGCCACUUCUGGUCUCCUAUUGGGCUACCCAAGCCUACCGCUGGUGGUGGUGGUGGUGGUGGUGGUGGUGGUGGUGGUGGUGGUGGUAGCGAUGGCGGAGGUAGUGGUAGUGGGGGCAGUGCAGGGGGGAGCACAGCCACGACGCACGGGCACUACAGCGGGUACUGGUACAGCAUGGACGGCAAAGACUUGUCUCUUCUGCGAUCAGACGAGGACGUGUGCGGCCACGCGACCAGGCAGCUUCCGAGACCUUUCUCCCCGAAACGAUUCGGCACCACGACUAAGAUUCAGGAGAAGAUGGGCAUCUUUCUAUCGCCAGAGCAGCGCGACCACAUACUGCAUCAGCAGAGCAAGCUGGGACACAAGCCACCAGAGUGGGCGGAUGUGACCUCCCCCGGGCGCCAGCUGCCCAGGUACCGCCGUGCCGUGAUGUCCCCUCACGACUCGUUCCUGGGGCACUUCUGGGAGCGAGUAGGCGUGCUGGCCGAACUGCUGCUCGCGCUCCAUCGCGCCCUCUCCCAAGCCCCGCCCUCCCCACCUCCUUCUCUCCCUCGCCCCCCUCCUCCUCCUCCCGCUCCUCGUGCUCACCGUGCUGGUCUAGGGGGCGUGGUAGAUGGGGGGGAGGGAGAGGAGGGGUUGGAUGGGGGGGAGACUGAGAGGGCUGAUUCUGGUGCUGCUGCCGCUGGUGGCGCUGGUAACGCUGCUGGUGCCGGGGGUGAAGGGGAAGGGGAAGGGGCGGAUGUAGGGGAUCGGGUAGCCGCUUCUAUCACUGUGCCUUCAGCCGCUGCUGCUGCUCAUACGCCAGUGGUGUUGACUCCGUCGCCCCUCACCCACACUGCAGUCAUGUUCGGCACCGAUGUUGAUGUGAAGUCGGCACGUUCGCCGGCAACCUCAGCCGCAUUCUCUUUGGUGCCGAUUCGCCGCUUAUCCCCGGAAGGCGCCUGCAUUGGGCUGAAGAGCCGCACCUGUGCUUUGGGGAGGUCAUCUUUCCAAUUCACACGGCAUAUUCCAUGUGAGAACGCCACUGAGUUUGUAAGGAGGAAGGCGUAUGCAUGGGCUGACGCCCGACUCACUGCUGCUCUCACUGGUGCCAGUGCUGGUGGUUCUGGUACUGGUGUUGCUGUUGCUGAUGCUGAUGCUGAUCCUGGUGGGGAGGACGAGGGCGAGUCAGAGGACGGAGAGGAAGCAGAGCAGCAGCAGCGGAGGGAAGAGCAAGAGAAGGCCAGAGAGCAGCAGCUUUCAAAGCUGCCAUCCCCACUUCAGGUGACAUGGCUGUACCGCUCCAACCGGCGCACGAUCACGAACGCGGGCGAUGUGCUGCAGCUGCUCACAGCGCACUUCCGCAUGCCCAUCCACAUCAUCGAAAUCUCAGAAUCCACACCAUUCGACCAGGUGGUGAACACCAUGCGCCACACUGCUUUCGCCAUCGGCAUGCAUGGCUCUGCCCUGGCGAACAUCAUCUUCCUGCCCUCGGGCGCGUCAUGCCUGGAGCUCAUCCCCUACAAGUACCGCUACUUUCCCUACCUCACCAUUGCGCCGCUCCUCAACCUCAACUACCACCAGUGGACCAACGAGAAGCGCGAGUUCGCUUCAUUUGAUGACGACUGCUUCGAGGGGAAGUGGGCGAAGCUGAGUCCGUCGGAGUGCUGGAAGAUGAAGCCGUGCUUGCACUGUGUGCGCGACCAUGCGCGCACACAUGUGGAUCCGGAGAGCAUUGGGCCUGUUCUGGCUAAUAUUGGGAGAGAUGUGCGCAUAUGGAUUGGCAUGUAUGGUCUACCAGGUUCCUGAAAUAGAUUGUGUUGGAAAUAUCUCAAGGACUUAAGCGUUUCUGAAGUGUAACACUGUACUCGAGGAAGAUUACAGGGGAGCACGCGAGUCAACGGAGGUUACACGAGGGGGCGGACAAAGAAUGCGAAAGGACUCGAAAGGUCGCAACUGGAGGUUGCGACUGACCGUUACAACAUCACGGAUGGUAACCGAAGCGGCAAUCGAGUCGCUGUGCGACUCGAUAAACUGUUCCUGUAACU